ACUUUUCAAGCGGUGAAAGCAAAGUUUUCUGCUGCUGGAGCCAGGAGAACGGGACGAGGGCAGCACAUUCCUUCCAUUCCCCCCACUCAGUCACAACUGGAGGAGCCAGGAUCUGCCCCCGCCUUUCAGGAGUAACGGCGGAGCAGAUCCUCAGCUCUUCCUGCCUUGAGGCUCAGACCUGAGCAGAGCCUCAGAAGCAAAAGUUUCCUGCUUGUUUCCUGUCUUAGCAUGACGUCUGAUGAGGUUUAGUGUCUUCCUCUCCGAGCUGGCGGUUGGUAAAGACGAUGAAGAAGCUGCUGUGUUUUUGUCAUUCGAGUAUCUGUUUCUGCUCAGAGCUAAGAGAACCGGACCGAGUCCUCCUCGUCUUCCACGUUCUGCCUCCUGAUGCUCCGGCGGGCGCACGGCGGAGCUCGGCGAGCACACGCAGCCUGCUGGCCAUGGCGCUGCUGAGGAGGUUCUUUGUGGCGGUGGGGGUGGUCAGCUUCAUUCUGUGCAUCUACGUCCUGGUUCUGAACCGGCAGUGGCCCCCAUCUGCAUCCCUGAUGCCUCACGGGUAUCGACAGGAUGUGACCCGGAGGACAAACAGCAGUUCAGAGGAACCCAAAGAGCCUCCAGGCAGACGGGACGACCCCCACCGGCAGCCCGACCUGCUGUCCGCCUCCCCCACCAAGAAACCUCUACCAGGCCACAAUGUGCAGACUCCAGCAGCCACCGAGCCCCACGUGCACGGAAAAGUACGGGCGAACGUCUCCACUUCCCCUCCAGGCUCGGACCAGGUGAAGAAGGCAAACGAGUCGAACAGAGUUCUGCCCACGAAACCAAUCGGACCCACAGAUCCGCAGUACAUUGGAGACUCCUACAUGAGUGACGGAGUCUCCCUGCACACGCUCUGCCCAGACGGCGUCCGAGCUCGAGUCCAGAGCUCCGCGUUUGGGAGCAGAUUUCUGGAGCGGAUUCCGGUCCUGCAGACGCUCAAACAUGCAACUCCUGAGCAGUACCAGCGUCUGAGGCGUUACCCAGGGACUCACGGCUGGGGAGGCGUGGACUUCAAAACUUUGGUGGAAACUCUCUCCGUCCUCAACACGUCUGCCAACCGGGAGAUGCUGGACGACUGGCAGCGCCGCGGCGCCGCCUCCAGCUGCAGGCGCUGUGCCGUGGUCGGAAACGGCGGGAUUCUGAAGGGCUCAAAGAAAGGCAAGGAGAUCGACCAUCACCACUACAUCUUCAGGACCAACGGGGCCAUCACCAAGGGCUUCGAGGAGGACGUGGGCUCCCGGACCACUCACUACACCUUCUCCACCAACACGCUGAUGAACUCCAUGAGGAGCUACGCCCGCUUUGGCUACAGCAGGCCUCCCGUGUCAGAGGAAACCAGAUACGUCUUCCUCCCGGAUCACGACCGCGAUUACCUGCUGGCGAAGGCGGCGGCGACCCACACUCUGGUGGAGAGGGGGCCUGAGAGGAAACAAGAUCCUAGGAAGUACUUUGGAGAGGACGUGUCUGCAGAAAAGUUGAAGAUCUACCAUCCGGAUUUUGUCCGUUACCUCAGGAACAGAUUCCUUCGAGCCGGCAUCCUGAAGGGGCGACACAGGGACAUCUACCGCCCCUCAACGGGGGCCGUCAUGCUGCUGGCUGCCCUGCACACCUGCGACCAGGUGAGCGCGUACGGCUUCAUGACCCCCGACUACAAGAACUACUCUGACCACUACUUUGACACCACCUACCGCCCAGUGGCCUUCUACGCCAACCACGACUUUCGGAUGGAGAUGGAUCUGUGGCAGGAGCUGCACAAAGCAGGCCUGAUACGGCUCUACAUGCGCCACUAAGUGACCACACGACUGCAUCUGGGGGCGUUACCACGAGGCUACGUCAAGGGCGGGAAAGUGCGGCGUAGCGGCGGGCGAUUGGACUGACUAUGCCGCAGAUGGUCUGCUUUUCCUGAGGGAAUGUAGUGUGAAACAGCUGCUGUCAAUCAUUUAUGCUGUAGGCUGUGAUGUGGGUUUACAAAAACAAUGGAUGAAAAAUGUUGCUGAAAGUGUUUGUUUGGAACGGCAGCAGGAAGCGGAUGAACCACUAGAGGGGAGGUGUUGACCUUUUCAGAGCCGUCUGUGCCUAAAUGUUGGAUUCUGCUGGAUGGAGCCUAAAUGCUGUUAAACGGUCGGAUGGGAGACCCGGCUGAGGAUGACGCUUCUGGAAAGACUUUUUCAUUCUGGGAGGGGGUGUCAUUGCAGAUGUGUCUUAUGAGUUUCUCUUUUUACCGUGGUUUUUGUCUAAUUUAUUUAACUUUUUAAAACUUUAACAGUCUGUCAACGUGACACAAAAUUGCUGUUUUUCUUUUAGUGAAGUAUUGAGCGGCGCAUUUCAAAGUUCUAGUUUCCAUGGGGAGCUUUUUCUGUUUGGAGCGUUUGGAAAGCGGACCGUCGUAACGGCAGUCCUUCACAAUAAAAGCGUGGAGCUGUUCUUCUGAACCGGCUUCUACUCCUCCUGCCCGACGAUGCAGAUGAGAGCGCUACACUGCAAUGAAGGAAAAUGUAAAAAUGCUGCAGGUUUAGGACAAAAAGGGGAGAAAUGACCAAACCAGGGAAAUCAGGGAACUUUGUAACGCAUUGGUGUUGGACGGACCUGUUCAUGCUGUGACUCUGAAAAUCUGUGGUUUAGAAUAGAACUCGGUUAAGGGAAGGCCUUUAUUGCGAAACUUUGUCAUCAUUAACAAUGUUUUUGUUUGUUUUUUUAUUCUCUCACAGGUUGAAACUCGUUUUUGCAAAUGUGGAAAAGUGUUCAGCUGUGAAUGUGGGGAAACAUUUUAUGACUAAUAAACUGAGAUUUGUUCACAAAA